AUGGGCGAAGAGAAGAAAAGUAGCAAAAGUUCUCGCAGUCGCGACGAAGAGGACAAAGAGGCCAAACGAAAGGCCAGACAGUCUCGUUCAGCCACUCGAGGAGAUCGCAGUCCAGUCCGUAGCUCGCGACGACCGGACCAAGACAAGGAAGCCAAGGAUCGAGCUAGAAGAGACAGAUCCCAUGGCACUUCGGCGGGUCAUAGCAGCAGCAGCAGUGGCGAUCGCGAAUCCAAACGCCGAGCCAAGGGUUCUUCCCGUGCUGCCACUCCCGGGGUUCAGUCGAUGACUUCGGGCGAAGAGAAUCGAGAAAGCCGCAAAGCACGUCGCGAAACGGCCAACCAUGGACAUCGAUCCCCCCAUCGAUCGCCCAAUCGUUCUAGUUCUCGUACCGGUUCCAGUUCUGCCGAUCAAGAAGCCAAACGCCGUGCGCGACAUGGAUCGAGACCAGCGGCUGGUCCAGGCGUUGUUGGAAACAGCAUUCCGGAAGAAUCCGCACCACCACAACCACGAGUUGGUGAAGAAGAUAUUCCCGCUGCCUUGGCCAUUGAAGCGGAAACCGUCGAAGAUGACAACGACCAGAAACAAGAAGUAGAACGUCAAGUCCAACAGCGCAUGGCAGCAAUGACGCAACAGCAGCAACAACAACAACCUCAGCAACGACCCUAUCAACCCAAACCACCCAACUUUGCCGGAGCUUCCCCCGACACUGAAGAGAACAAUGGAGAACCAGAAGAACCACCUGCCAAAUCCAAAUGGAAAUGCAUCGUGUUGGUGGUCGUGUUGAUUGCCAUUGCCGGGGGUGUGGGAGCCUUUUUUGCCCUAAGACCUGCCGCCAAAGAACCUGUGGCAGUACAAGAAGAACCCAUAGAUGGAGUGGACAAUGGUGGUAGUGGUCCGAGCGACGAGACCGCUAGUCCAGUGGUGGAAGCGACGGAAACUCCUACCCAAGCGCCUAUCAUUGCAGUUACGACAUCGCCCACUGCGGAACCACUCGCCUUUCCACCUCCGGAGGAGAGCGAUUGCGAAGCGGUUAGACAACGAGAGGAUGUUGUAGAUCAAGAAACUUUGGAAUCCAGAACCUUUGACAUUGGAUUGGAUGUGGAACUCAGCAUUGAUAUGCCCCUUUCGGAAUGGCAAGGUGCACUCAUUGAUCAGAUGGAAUCCAGUUUUGUUCCCCUUUUGGUGGGGUGUGAUGAUGCUGCCGGAACGUCGCGGUAUCUGAAAGGAGGAGGAGACCGUCGUCGUCGUCGUCGUCGUCGAUUGAAUAGCCUCCGAUAUUUGAUUGCAAAUGCGAAAAUCGAAGCCCGUGAGGAAACAGAUGAGGAGUGUAAUACUCAGCCUGCAGCGGGAACUUGCAAGCGCAUCUACAUAUUCCAUGAGUUUUUUAUCAAAGAUUCGGAUGCCAAGAGUUUCGAACUCAUUGGGGUAUAUACUGCAGCCAUUGAGGAAGCGGGCACUCUCUUGGAUGUAUUGGGACUCAGUGAUCCUCCAUUCAGCGCCAUUACGGUGACGAGGUUCAACAACUUGCAGCCAACAACCGCACCUAGUGUCGCUCCCAGUGCGGAACCAACUGUGGCUGGGUCACAGGUGCCUUCCCAGAUUCCUUCCAAAGAUCCUACUGGAAUGCCAUCCCCAUCUCCGAGUACAGUACCAUCCGUGUCACCUUCUGCAGGGCCUACCCAAACUCCGACUCUUCAAGCGACUCCCGGGCCAACGCCGCCACCAACACCAGGCCCAACACAGCCUCCAACUCCACCACCAACUCCAGGGCCCACUCAACCUCCGACACCGCCACCCACUGUCGCUCCAACACCUCCACCAACGAAAGAGCCAACACUGGCUCCAUCAGCUAUUCCAAGCUCUACUCCGUCACUUAUGCCCGUCACUCCAAGACCGUCUCCAGGUGUUCCGUUCCAUUGUUCUACCCAAAGGAAUUCCUGUCCUCCCAACGGAGCCGGACUUGAGGAAAUCUAUGUGGAAAUGACGGAAAGUGAAGCGAGUGUGUUUAUAGACUAUUGUCCCAAUGCUCAAAACCCACAAGACUUUGCGUGGUCUGUGAUCAUUCGGACUAAGGUUGGCGUGGAUUUUGUCAACCUCUUUGUCGAUUUCUUGCCGUCAGCCCCAACUACCAUCGAUAUCCUGUACGAACAAGACACUUGCGUUGGCAAUCCAUGCAAUGGGAAUUGCUUUGGUAAUCCUUGUUCUGGCAGUUAUGGUACAUAUGCAGUUGGUGGAUCCACACUGUAUACGAAAUCUGUCACAAUUGCCAUCAACAGUCAGGUGAAUGUUCCCAACACUGGGUUCUCUUACGCUUUCAGUGACGGUUUCACACGAGUCACUUCUCCAGGAAUCGGUCAGUACUAUCAGCUCAUUUCCUGUGGUUAG